AGAAGCGCGGCCCCGCACGACGUCUCACUACACAGCAAACAAGUGGCGCAAUGCAGCGCGCAGAGUCCGGUCCCGCGGAGAGGAUACGCAGGAGACGCCGCCUCGUCGGCAUCGGGGUCGCGGUCCUGGUCCUGGUCCUGCUGGGCGUCGUGGUCGCCGUGGCGGUGACUCUGUCGUUGCGGGGGAAUACGCGCACGUUUAAGGAGACGUUCGUCGCGAGGUGCGAGGACUUCAAUGGAACCGACUGUGAGAAGAUCUGGGGCCUGUUUGAGGAGGCCUACGUGGGACGGGACCCUUGCAAAGUUCCCGUGGCAGCCUACGGGCCUUUGAUCGCCGCCGCCCCCUUCCCACCCAAAUGCAACCAGAGGAUUUUCUGGAGCAAAACGAAGGCUGUGGUCCAUGACUUCACUAAGAAGAGAAAGUGUUUUGAGACCGUGGAGGACACCCUGCUGGGAUCGGUGCUGGACGGGCAGACCUGGUGCGGAAAGGAGGGCAGCAAUGAAACGUUUGCUACCGGCUGCCCGGGGUGGACCGACUGUGAGACCAGCGCCGUUCGCUCCUUUUGGAACGGAGCCUCCGCUGCUUUUGCAGACGCCGCCUGCGGCGACGUCACAGUGAUGCUCAACGGGGCCGUCGCCACGCCGUUCUAUAAUAAAAGUGUGUUUGCGACCAUCGAGGUGCCGCGGUUCCGCUCCCCCAAGGUGCGAAGCCUGAAGGUCGUCCUGGUCACGCAGGAGAACUCGCUCACGAGCUGCGAGAACGAGUCUUUGAAGGACUUGCAGAGGAAGCUGGAUGGAGGAAUUACGUACAGCUGCAAGGCAGUGCCUGAGGCUCAGAUCAACGACUGCAGCUCCCAUCCAGAGAAGCCCUGCGGAUCCUGUUGGUGAACUAAACAAAAUAAUGAAAAAUGAAGCCAUGCGCCGUGAAUUCUUUUUGUACGUCGGCCAGUUUGACUUAAUGUGAAAUGCUUUGUAAAAGCCCCUCUUACCUUUUUAGUUUUUAUGACUAUACACGUUUUUAUAAUGUUUUUAUUAAAUGCUAAGUUGUGAGGGGAAACAGCAGUGCUGCCGUCUCCCUCACGCCUGGUGGCGGAACAUUUAAAAUGCCUUUUAAUAAAAUGUUACGAUGCCAUCAUGUGAAAUUGUCUUCAGCUUCUUCUGAUUGUUUAUGUGAAACAUAUUUUGCACAAAUCCCCCAAAACAAUAACAAAUGGAGGUGUAUUAAAGUUGUGUGACAGAA